AUUUAACCAUUUGCAAUUAAGAACACAUCCAGUUGUAAUUAAUCAAAUCAUUUAAAUCAUAACUGAAUCUUACAAUGUGUACAGACACACGAUGUUGUCUAAAUGAUGUUAUCAAAAAAGCAAGCAAAAAUGAAGACGGCUAUCCUGGUUUUGCUCUUCAUGAGUUGCACGGUACCUUCAGCAUCACUGAAGCAAGAUUGGCAAUGUGGUUUUAGUAAUGACCAUAAACAUAUUUUUCUUGAUAUCCAAAUAAACACAAGUCAAAGGUUACCUGGAUCAGAUUUAUUUCUGCAACAUCAAAGCAAAUUUAAAAAUUACACAAAUAAAUGCAAAGUCAGCAGGAGGAAAUUAAAAUAUAACCUUCACUGUUUAUUUCACAGCACUUCAAAUAUACAAGAAUUAUAUAGUGAGAAUUAUACAUUUCGUAUUACUACGCCAAAUAAUUCGCAGAUUUGGGAAAGAUAUCAUAAAUUUGAUGUCUGCAAAGAUUGCAGUAACUGUCAUGUUAUUCGGAAUUUCCAUGUGACCGGUAUAGAAAGGACACGAAUUACCCUAAAAUGGAAUGUUUCUAAGUGGGAAAUCUUAAAGAAUAACUACAAGUUGAUUAAAACAUCAGGCAAGAAAACUAUAACUGAAAACUUUCAAACAGGCUGGGGUUGCGGGACGUGUAGUAAAAUUGUUACAUAUUUAAAGCCAUGUACUCAAUACACAUUUUGUCUCAAGGCUCGCGACAACAUCCGAAAUAUACAGAGUUGUGUCCCCGCCAAAACGCUAUGCCCACACACAAUUCAAAAAUAUCAAAGAAAAAUGACGACAGAGGUUAAAUUAACAUUAGGAACACUAGCUGGAAUAUCUGCUAUCACUUUAAGCAUGAUUGCUGUUAUACUGAAAAUCCGAAGAAAAUCAAAACUUAAAUUAGAUUUAGUGCCAGCACAAGAAAGAGAAGAAAUUGUUAAUCACAAGAGUGUUUUUCUUAAAAAAGACUUAAAACAAGCUAAUGAGCCUAUUUAUGAAGAGAUUCAAAAUAUAUAUGAAGAAAUAUAUCAAAGCAAAGAACUUGUAAUUGAUGAUGACAUAGAUGAAGUUUUUGUUGAUACAAACGAUGAUUAUGUGUAUGCUCCAAAUGUAAGUGAAGUGGACUGGUAUUCCGAUACAUACACAGAUGACUACACCAUGGAUGAAACAUACAGUGUCGAAAGAAUCAAAAGUUUGUCGUGAUAUGUCUGCCUGACUACUUAUAAUUUUUAUUUUGUAACAUAUUGUAUAUAUUGUAUACAGCUUUGUGAGUCUGCAAAUGUACACUCGUUUUAAUGUGUAUUUGGGA